AUGUCAGGCGAACACCCAUCAUUGGUCCAAGAGUGCCAGAAGUUCUUCGAAGGCGCAGCCAAGCACAGAUUCAAGGAUGCCCUUGGAUUCGUGAUGAAGAACCAGUACGUCAAACUUACUGGCCACGAUCCUGUCUUUCGCGACCCGAUGGGCUUCCUGGGUGCCAUGCGCGAGAGAUCGGGCCCGUUCAAGCUGGAGCUCGAAUCCCGCAGCCACGAUGGUGCAACGUUCCUCGACGUGGAGCUGAACUGCCUCGUGCCCGGCCUGGCCGCGGACGACUUCCCGCCGUUGGCGAUUGGAGUCCGCCCGGUCCCGAAGACGCGAAGGCGGUCAGAGGCGCCCCGCAGGCAACCGCAGACGCCUCGCGCAGGGCCCGGUGCCUCGCCGCGCGCCCCGAGGGCGUCGGCGCCGCCGCCCGGGCCGCCGCCGGCGGCCCCGGAGGUGGUGCCGCGGCUGCAGAUGGUCGAGUUCUGCGCCGACGCGGGGGCGACCGACGCCAUUGGAGGAAGCGCGACGGAGGCGGCGGAGGCGGCCACCUGGGGCCGCUCAUCGGCGGCGCCAGAGAACCGGGCGGAGAUGCAAGCCAGGAAGAACAUGCGCGUGCUCGACCUGCUGGGGGCGGGCGGCAGCAAGGCGGCGCAGGAGCUGAUCAGCAACAUUUCGAUCUUCUCGCAGAAGUUGUCCCAGAAG